AUUCACAAAAGUUGCUAGUCUGGCUUUUGUAAAGAGAUGUUCUUUCUUUUUUAUUUUUGAGUUGUUUUCCCAUUUCAGCCCUUAUUCUUUCUUAACCGAAUAGUACUAGAAAAAAAUCUUCCUUAAAUUAUCUGCAUAUGUCCAACCACGCGAAUCACUUCUGCUCAGUAAAACCUCACAUUUCAAGAGGAACUUCCCAACUCAUAGUAUAUAGACUUCAAACUGGCUAGCAAAAUUUGAAUGCAUAAAGCGGCUACUGUAGACACAACUCCAAAAAUAGUUACACUCUAUAAAUGCUUAACUAGUCGAUACUGGACAGGGAACCUGGAUAAUGUAUUUUGGCGCGAAUUCUUCCUUCUCAGUCCUCGCCUUCAAGAGUUAAAGCAAAUACUGCAAGAAACUUCGACUCAAGAUCUCGCCUCCAAUGGCCCAAAAAUCCAUAGCAUGUAUCUAUUCGUGGUGGAUUUGCUUCUAUCGAAGGAUGAACAUUUACGAAUCCAUAAUGCUUUGACAACACUGCAAAUGUUUCUCUCUGCUAUGUCCAAUCAGAAGUCUUCGGAUGUGAAUUUUACUGUAUAUUUGUUACUGGGAAACAUUGAUUCUAUCGAUACUCAGUUUUCACUGUUUAUUCGAAACUUGUGUGAUGUAAUCAAAACCUCUGACAAUGCUCAGUGCAUACAUGACUCUUUGUCUUUCUUCUUGUGUUUCCUUGCUACUCUGUACAACUCCUCGUUCAUAUCUCAUAUUUUUGACAGCUAUGAUGUUUUUACAACUUUGGUCACUGCCAUCUUGCAUCAAAAGCCCGGUUUUGAAGUUGCUAUAUAUGCACUUGGAUUACUAAGUGCUUGUGACAAAUUUGAAACUGUCAAUACAUUGCGAGUUCAUCUGUCCCAAAUAUCUGAAGAACCAUUCUUUGAGGCUGUUUUAAAGUAUUCUAUCGCUCAACUCAUUGCUUUAAGAGAUGAAUACGUUGCUAUAAAACCUGAUGAUUCUCCUGUUUCUUCUUUUUUUAGCUUCUUUACUAUUCGGUCUUUACCUUCGAAUCCUGAUGUAAAACAAGAGCAGCAAUUUGCUACCCUACCUGAUAAACGCUUAGUCAUGUUUUUAACUAUUUACGAACUUUGCACUUGCAACAAACGUUUUUGCAAAUUUCUUUUUCAGUUCAAAGAAAAUGACCCUGACUCUCCUUCUUCAACUCUGCUUUCACUAGCUUCUUACAUAAAUGUCCAUCAGAGGCAAUCCAAACGCGCCUAUCAUUUCUCUAUGCUUUUCCUCAUUCUCUUUCAUUUACAAAUAGAUGAUCCCAUUACUUCUGCUUUGCUGGUGCAAAGCAAUUCAGAUUUGCGCGUACGAAUGUGUUUACAGAGAUAUCCUUUCCCUUCUUAUCCAGCGAAACCAUAUGUUCCCAUGGGAUAUCUUUUAGAUAUAUGUUGCCUUGGGAUUCAACAUAAUGCAAAACUGAAAAUUAGUACUCCAAUCUAUAUCUUGUACCUUACGCUUCUGCAUAAAUCUUUCGCUUUUUUAGCGCAAAACCUGAUACGAUUGGAAUAUCAUUGGAAGGAACUUUGGAGAUUUCUAUUUUCUUUUCUAGAAUUCUGUAAUACGCUUAUAAAUUCGGAAUUUUCCAACAACGCACCCCUAAUUGUAGAGCCUUUAUUAAAUUUGCUUGCGUAUACAGUCGCAAAUGUGGACGCCUUUGUUCAGAAUACUGAGGAAAUGGUGGAUCUGUUAUAUAAAUUAAUUCGUAAUGCACAGAUUCUUCAACUCAUUCUUUCAAAGGUAAGCCUCAAAAACAGGCGCGCAGCUGAUUACCUUCUUGGAGUGAUCAGUUAUUUGACUUCAAAAGCUUCUGAAUCACCAGAUAGUUCUCCAGAGGAACUAAUGGUUAUAAUAAAGGAAAAUAUUGAAUCAAUUCCCGUGGCAGAACCACAGGUUCUUUCAAAUAUACCUCCUUUAAGGGAAUCUAAUUAUCGUUUAUUUCAUAAACGAGUCAGUAGAGAUAUGGCUGAACUUCUACGAAACGUCCAAAUUUCUUAGUUAGCUAUGUUAAUUAAUGACUUAUGACUGUUACAAAAUAUUUGGCUCUUAGAAUAACAAAACAGAGUAUUUUGCUUCAUGCAUCUUUAACCUUUUUUUCCAUAUAUAUACAAUAUACUAC